CGUUCUCGAUUCUUUAGUUUGUGGUCUGUCUGUAUGUGUCUUUGAACGUGAAAGUUGUAAAUAAUUUUGUCUAGAAAUUUUACCAAGUCCAUUUUAUUUAUGUGUAAGUUUUAAUAAUUGUGAAAUAUUAACUUUAAAGUGGUUUGUGAAUGAAGUGGGUGGACAUAUAUAGAGUAUUCCAUGAAACAAAAAACUAUCAGUGCGCACGAUACCCAACGCCAUUUUGAGGCGAAAUAUUGUCUAUAGCGGGUGGUGCAGAGGAUGGCCCCGGGUGACGGGAACAGUCUUCACAACUGACGGACACCGCCGGCUUACAGCUGGCGCUAGCAAUCAAAAUGCCAAGGCCCGGCAGCCUGAAGGAUCCCGACAUCGCUGAGCUAUUCAGCAAGCAUGAUCCCGAGAAAAUAUUCGAGGAUCUGCGCGAGAUCGGCCAUGGGUCCUUCGGCGCCGUGUACUACGCCCGCUGCAACCUCACCAAAGAGAUUGUGGCCAUUAAGAAGAUGUCGUACCUGGGCAAGCAGAGCGAGGAGAAGUGGCAGGACAUAUUGAAGGAAAUCAAAUUCCUGAAGCAACUUGAGCAUCCAAACACUAUAGAAUAUAAAGGAUGCUACAAACGGGAACACACAGCAUGGCUGGUGAUGGAGUAUUGUGUUGGUUCUGCAUCUGACAUUAUUGAGGUACACAAACGGCCACUACGCGAGGAAGAAAUAGCCGCGAUAUGUGAAGGCGUGGUAUGCGGUCUCUCUUACCUACACAGCCUGGGUCGCAUCCACCGCGACAUCAAGGCAGGGAACAUACUCCUCACGGAGAAUGGCACUGUCAAACUGGCAGACUUCGGGAGCGCCAGUAUUAAGUGCCCGGCCAAUAGCUUUGUGGGAACACCGUACUGGAUGGCGCCUGAAGUUAUUUUGGCGAUGGACGAGGGACAGUAUGAUGGGAAGGUUGACGUGUGGUCGUUAGGUAUAACUUGUAUAGAGCUGGCGGAGCGAAAGCCGCCGUACUUCAAUAUGAACGCGAUGUCUGCUCUCUACCACAUAGCACAGAAUGACUCCCCGACAUUACAAGCGCCAGAAUGGACCGACACGUUCCGUUACUUCGUGGAGGCGUGUCUCCAGAAAAAUCCGCAAGAGCGGCCGUCGUCCACGAAGCUUUUGUCCCAUCCCUUCAUCACGAGGCCUCGCUCUCCACACGUGCUGGUGGACCUCAUUCAAAGGACCAAGGCCGCUGUGAGGGACCUGGACAACCUCAACUAUAGGAAGAUGAAAAAGAUACUCAUGGUUGAUGCAGACAACGAGAGCGCUAUAGGCGACAGCGAGGAGACGGCGGAAGAGCGUUCGGGCGGCGACAGUUCCAAGUCGAACUCCGCCACCUCCGAGCACAGCGCGGCCGGCGCUUCCAGUCAGAGCUCCUCCUCCGGCAGUCUGCGUCGCCGACCGCUGCCGAUCAACGCGAACCACCACAACCAGCACCAGCCGCAGCAGCAACAGCAGCAGUACCAACAUCACAAUCAUCAGCACACAUCGCAUUCCUCUAGAGCACGCAAACGCAAGUUUUACUCAUGUUGCUGUUUCGUACGCAGACAGAGCGAAAGUCCGCCGGUUCACGACGAUUACGUGAACCGGGACGCGCUGAGGGAGUACGCGAAUCGGGACUCUCUUUGUGACGACUACGGGGACGACUACGCCAACAGGGACGCUAUACGGGAGGCGCAACGGGAACGGGAGAGGGAGCGGCAGGCGAACGAGUAUCGCGAGUAUGUCAACGCGCCUUCCACGUGGCAGGACAGCGGGGACGAUAAUAGGAACACGCAUGGACGGCAGACGCAUAGGAGCAUAAGUAAUAACGCGGCGGCGAUGUCCUUAGUGUCGGAACACGGUGCCAAUAACUUCGCCACGAUACGCACCACGAGCAUCGUUACCAAGCAACAGAAGGAACACAACCAGGAGAUGCACGAACAGAUGUCUGGCUACAAGCGCAUGCGGCGCGAGCACCAAGCCGCUCUGCUGAAGUUAGAAGAGCGCUGCAAGGCCGACAUGGACGCGCACAAGGCGCAGCUCGACCGCGAGUACGAUGCCUUGCUGAUGCAACUCUCACGCGACCUCGAGCGACUGCAGACGAAACACGCGCAAGAAUUGGAGCGUAAGCAGAAACAGAACGCGGCCGCGGAGAAGAAACUAAUAAAGGACAUCACCGCGAAACAAGAACAGGACCGCAAGAACUUCGAGGCGCACCGCAAGCGCGAGUACAAGGCAAAUAAGGAACGGUGGAAAAAGGAGCUCAGUAUGGACGACGCAACGCCUAAGAGGCAGAGGGACGCCACUUUGCAGUCUCAGAAGGACAGCCUGAAGCAAGCCGAGGCGGCGGAGGAGGCGCGGCUGCUGCGCUCGCAGCGGGAGCACCUCGAGCUGGAGCUGCGGCGGUUCCGGCGGCGCCGCAUGCUCGCCGCGCACCACAAGGAGCAGGAGCUGCUGAGGGAGGAACUAAACAAGCGACAACAACAGUUAGAGCAAGCACACUCCAUGUUAUUGCGACAUCAUGACAAAACGCAGGAGCUCGAGUACCGUCAACAAAAGGGCGUGCACGCGCUAAGAGAGGAACAACUGUCAAACCAGCACGCAACGGAACUGGCGAACCAGCGUGAAUACAUGCAGCGCGCCGAGCACGAGCUCCGGAAGAAGCAUGCGUUGCAACUCAAACAGCAGCCUAAGAGCCUCAAGCAAAAGGAAAUGCAGAUACGUAAGCAGUUUCGAGAGACUUGUAAGAUCCAAACGCGGCAGUACAAGGCACUCAAAGCACAAAUACUGCAGAUGACAGCAAAGGAGCAACAGAAAGAAGUAAUAAAGACGCUGAAGGACGAGAAGCGGCGCAAGUUGGUGUUGCUCGGCGAGCAGUACGACCAGAGCAUCACCGACAUGUUGCAGAAACAGACUGUGCGGCUAGACGAGAGUCAAAUGAUGGAGUGCCAGCAGCUUAAGAUGCAGUUGGACCACGAGCUGGAUAUGCUAACGGCGUACCAGAGCAAGAGCAAGAUGCAGGCCGAGGCUCAGAGGAAUCGAGAGCGGCGCGAACUAGAGGAGAGAGUCGCUGUUCGACGCGCGUUACUCGAGCAGAAAAUGGAGUCUGAGUCCGCUCAGUUCGUGGCCGAGCGAGCGGAGCGCACGCGAGCGCUGCACGAGCGGCACGAGCGGGAGCUCGAGCACUUCGACAGCGAGAGCGCCAGGCUCGGCUUCAGCGCGAUGGCGAUCGCCGAGGGCAGCCGGGAGGGCUACGACGAGGAGCAGUCGUUGUCGGGCUCCAUGCUGUCGCUCGCGCACAGCAACUCCUCCGCCAGCUUCCCCGCCGGCUCGCUCUAGUGAUUACUCUCUCUAACGCACCGCUCUAACGUAAUGCUGUUGCCUACACUCUAUGUCCGAGGAUCUGUUUGUAUUCAGAACGCGUUGGGAACAUUUAAAUUGUAGCUGACCCACAGAAACUCCGCCAGCUCUGCCGCUCUAACGUAAUGCUGUUGCCUACACUUCUUGGUCGGGGAAUCUGUUUGUAUUUAGGACGCGUCAGGUUCAUUGAUAUCGCAAUAGGAGAAGAGAAAUGUCAUAUUGUAUUUGAAGCUAUGUAUUCAAUCAUCAGUUCUACCCAGCUGCAAUGCUGAGAAUUUAAACUCGGCAUUGAGAUGCAAUAUAAAAACCUUAUGUAUAACUAUCAUUUGUGACGUCACAUUCACCAAUAGUCAGGUGAUUUCUUGUUAUGGGGUUAGGUUCCCUUGUCAACAAAGUCUCGGUAGUCACAUGUGAUUUCUGACUUGCCCUCUCUUGUGAUCGUGGGAAACCUCAGGAAGAAGCACAAUCGUCUAGAGCAUGAAGUGAUUCCUUUUCGGAUUAAUAACGUGUUUUAUUUUAAUUUCCUUAUUGUAAAUAGUUGUAUAAUAAAAAGUGGGCUAAUUUUAGUAAGUAAAGAAAACAUAAAUGAUUUUGAAAAAUUCUGAAACAUGUUUGGUCACUUGUUUAAAUUGGGUCAUAUAAAUGGUGACGGCAGAAUUUAAAGAAUGAUCCGACCUUUUGCUAAAGCUAGUUCUCAAUAAUUAUAGACAACAUUGUGUUCCAAUCUUGACGCAUGUAGGAUUUAUUUUUAGAACUGCACAACAAAUUGUUCAUUUUUUUAUCAUAGAUAAAUCUUGUUGGCGACAUAAACUAGGCAACAGCAUUCGAUUUCUAUAUCCCAUUCAUUUCUGAGUACUGAGACUGUACCAGCCCUCCCGUGAGAUCAGUCUAUGACGGAAUCGAACCCUAAAUUAUUAUGCUUACGUCACGGGAUAUAAAACAAGAUUUUCCAAGCAACAAAGUUGCUUGAUUGACAUAAAAUUAAUCCAUUGACGUGGGUAAUAAGGAUUUUUGGUUAAAUUGUUACCAGAGUAACUAUACAAACUUACUAUCAAUGGUAGUAAUACGGGUAAUUAGAUUUACUCGUGUAACCACUUCUGUUCUAAAGGUAGUUGUCAGAACACAUUUUGUAUUACCCUUAUUAAUUAUGGCAAUUUCAUGGUAAAAUUAGAACAUCCUCUUUGUAGUAAGACUGGUAGUUACACAGGUAAUAAAAUGGUUCAAGAAGUGGGGACAUUUGAGUCCUUGGUUUUGUUGUCUUCCAAUUGAUGUGCGUCAGUAUUCGCUAGGAGAGUUUGCUCGGGAGGGCUUUCCUAUUCUACACUAUUAAGUUUAUUGCACUCCAUAAUUAUUUGUAAUGUGCGGUUGGACCGGCGACAUGUUUUCUCGUGCAUCUCACCAGUACCGUAGGAUUAGUAAAUAGUAACGCAAAGAGAUAUUGCGGGAAAAAUUGUACAUAUGAAGCGCUAUGCUUAUUGGCUGACCGAAGGCUUUCUGGAAACUUUGACGUAUAAGAAAAACGUCAUUUAUUAGUGUGAAUAAGAGUUUUGUCCUGCAUGUGGUAGUCUACUGGUUACACUUCGCGAAAAAGCACGUCAUCGGUCCGCCCUUUGAACAAACUUCAAUGUGUGUCUGGUUUUUCAGCUUUCGUAAUUUAUUCAGAUGAUUUGGGCAUUACUUUUUUAUACUUUUAACUUUAUCACAAACACGCUUUAAUCAAAUGGAAUCCCAGAGACAUGUUGUCGCAAACAUAGACUUGUAUGCCAAUUUGGAAUUAAGACGUCGUGUGGUGAAUGUGAAGGACGAUGUGAGAAUGUGACGCUUUUCUAUUACCUAGUAAUUAAAUUUGUGUGUGGCCCUGUUCCGUCACUUUUGUUUCAUUGAAAAUAAAAGCAACCAAUUAUUAAUAAAUAUUGUUCAAAAACACUUCUAAAUUUUGAUUGUACAUGUCGCGAACGAUCUCUUAGACAUAAGAAAUAUUUUCUUGAAAUGUAUUAGUGUAAAAAGUAUCAAUCAAAAAUCAUCGUUAGGCCGUCCACCUUUAAAAAUUACAAAAUUAAUGCGAAAUUGACGGAACAGACGUUAAUAAGAGGGCAUGAUUAUAACUAAAGGCUUAAAUAAAAAAUUAGUAUUCUUGAUCUACUCUUGUAUAAUAUGUAGUUUGUCAUAAGUUUCUAGUGAUUUUAGCAAAUUUUUCAUAUCGAUUCUUUGUCGACAAAUGAUUGAAAAAUUGCAUUUGAAAUAACCACGAAGAUGAUAUUGUAACGGUCCGGCCCGCAGUGGCCGCGAGGUAGGAGUAGUCUGCUCACGACGCCGCGUCCCCGCCGCAGCCGACACCACGAGACAUUAUUAUUUACACAGUAGAUAGUCAAAAUUCUAAUAUUCAUAUCAUUAGUUUUUACUUUAGGAGAAAGGGUUUCGUGUAUAAAUUGUUUUUUGAUUACAAAUUGGACUGUAUUGUUUGGCCUAGAAUUUCGUUCAUAUAUUGACUGUUAAAACUUUGUUACGAUUGUAAACUGUAUUCUCAUCGCUAUUUUAAACGCGUAGCAUGCUUUACUAAAUUGUAACAAAACGCAGGUGCUGUUUAUUGUGUAACCUACUGCCAGUUAUAUUUUGUAAAUAUAAUAAAUUUAUAUAUAGCAUUGUAUGUGUAUGUAUUAGCAUGAACACAAUUUGCCUUAAAAUGCGGAAACGCGCGUGGGGCGCGGUGUUUUGUAUAUAAGGAACAAUAAUAUAUAUAAGUAACUAUUAUACAUAGUUUGUUACUUUUUAUAAGGUGCGAUAUUCGUGUAAAUUGGAAGUGCGACGCGGGGCCUCCGCCGAGGUCUACUACUAUGUGCUAUUUUCUCUCUUAGGGUCCUAAUACAUUAUUUGUAUCGUCAAAUAAGCUUACCAGUCAUGUAUAGACUAUUAUAUGUUAUUUAAUUUAACGCCGAAAAAUAGUCAUAAAUAUCCAAAUUUAGUUUAUGGUAUUUUUAAAAUUAAUUUUUACUUCAUUAAUUUAAUUAUCUUCCAAUAUCACAUUCUUUGUAAGCAUCACAUGAUGUGAUCGUAAAGUAUCGAGUUCGCGAUUUACUGAGGGUUUAAUGACCUAAGUACUAGUGUAAAAAGUGAAGUUGGUCAAAAUUGUAGCUGUUUUAUAUACCCGUGUACACGAUGUCAUCAAUAGUUGGUGAGUAACGCUUGAUGGCAUUGUGUGCUGACGCAGUUGAAUUAGCUUCCACAAUUUCCUCCUCCUGAACUGACCAAAUAAAUGACAAUAAUUUCUAGACACAGCCUAACUCGACUCGUCAUCCUGUCACUGUACAUACAUUUCAGGCCGAUGUAUCGAGAGCGAAGCGGUGAUCGUAGUCCAUCGUAUUAUGAGACAUUACCUAUAGCGCGUGUGAUAAAGAUUUUUUUUCCGAAUUAUGAGAUCUGAUGCAGAAUGUUAAGUUUUUAACGCUCCUUGAUCUGCCUUCUUAGACAUUGAUUUCGGGAUGUUUUUUUUUCCAUUGUUGUGAGUUAACAUGUAUACCACGACCAUCGCUGCGCUGAAAAGAUAGGAAUAUCUGGAACCGAGGCACUACGGAAUUGAAUCAAUCUGAGCUGUAUGUUCGCUUGCGUGCAAUAGAUGGUCGGUACUUAACGUUAGGCGCAUAGUAUUUCGCUCGCUAUUAGUCCUCUGCCCGGGCGACGCGCGGUCAUUUAGUUCGUUAGAUCUUCAACUAUCAAGUAUUAUGAAGGAUAUUUAUUGUAAAUUAAUUUAUUAUCGACACGCGUACGACUGCGCCGGCCCCGGACGAGAGUAGUGCGUAGGCGAGACUCUUCAACUCCCACCACUUAGCCCGUAGUGUUAGUUCACCCUUCAACCUUUCAACCGGCAAAAUAAUUAUAAUGAUAUAGAAGUACCAAACUCGUAGUUAGAGAUCACGUAUUAUGUACAUUACAUUGUACUAAAUAAUUUUUAAAUUUUACCAUUGUAUAGUCGUUUAUCACCGAUAGAUAGUUAGCAAUAUUGACAGAGGUAUGGUAUGACAAGGUGCGCGGCCGCCGGCCACGUUCUAUUAUUUGCGAGUGUUAGCGGCCCGCUCGGUGCACCAUUGUUGUUUUCUUUUAUUUUUUGUUAUAUAUUUAAAUAACACAAUCGACUUGUAGUUUUAAUAAUAUUAUCAUAAUUAUUAUAUUGUAAUAUAAUCUUAUUAAUGAAAAAAUCAAACUGGAAAUUAAAAUAGAAACGAAUAA